AGGGCUGGGGAGAAAGCCCUCUUCUCCCACCCGGGCCCGCAAUGCGGGCUGCGCCCAGGGGAGCGUGUACACAGAGGCCCCGCCUGGGGGCCCGGGGGUCCGGCUGGGCUCGGCCCUCGGGGGCGUGUCCUUCGUGCCGGGGCGCCACCGCCCCGAGAGGCGGGCAGCGGGUGCACCCGGGCCGCGGCGGCCGCAGAGGGCGGGCAGCGGCCAGCAUGGAGCGCGAGCUGGAGGCGCUGGCGGCCCGGCCCGCGCGCCCAGCUGAGCCGCCCUUCCAGGCGUUGGUGGAGGCGGCGGGGGGCCGCGGGCAGGUGCUGCUGGUGGGCGAGCUGUGGGAGCGCGAGCAGAGCCGCGCGCUGCUGCGGGACUUCGCACGGGCGGUGUUCCCGCCGGAGCCAGGCGCGGGCAAGCCGGGCUGCGCGGCGGCAGAGGGCGCAGGGCCCGGGGCGGCGCGCGGGGCGCAGAGGGCGGCGAGGGCGGCGAGGGCGGUGAGCGCGGCGGGGGCGGCGGGGGCGGCGGCGGGGGCGGCGGCGGCGGCGCGCGCCAUCAGCUCGCCGCUGGUCUUCGUGCUGUGCCGCGCGUCCUCGCUGGCCGCCCGGGAGCCGCGGCGCCGCCUGCGGGAGAUGCUGCGGGACGUGCGCGGCCGACGGCGGGCCGGGGCGGCGCUGGUCGGGGUGCUGGUGGCCGAGGCCGGGCCAGAGGACGCAGUGGCGCCGGGGCUGCGGCUGCUGGAGGCGCUGUUGCGCGCAGUGUUCGGCCGCCAGGCGGGGGGGCCCGUGCAGGCGGCCGCCUACUGCCCCGGCCUCCCGGCCUCCUGCUUGGCCGUCCAGGCGGCCGCCUGCAGGGCCCUGCAAGCCGCCGGAGCCGGGCAACCAGUGGAAGGAGCCUGGGAGAGGCCAGGCCUCCCCGGACUGCUGGCCUGCUUUUCCUGGGGUCCCUGGAGCCAGAGGAAGAACCAGGAUGUUGCUGCCUGCAGAAGCCCAGCUCAGGAAGACUUCCAGGAACCUGAGGAGGAGCUGGCACUAACAGCCAUAUUUCCCAAUGGAGACUGUGAGGACCUUGGAAGGGGGUCAAAAGCCUGUGAUGGAGUCAUCCACACUCCUGCUGAGCCCACCGGAGACUCAAGAUGAAGCCUGGACCCUUGCGCUGUCCCUGGCUCUAACCUACAGACUGGGGCCUGGCUCCCUCUCACUGGCCCCCAGGUCUCCAUGGAGACUGCAGAAACCCCCGCCUGCUGGAGGCCUGCCACACUCACAGUUACCGGCUGGACAGUGGGGCUUACUAAGACAAGCAAGACCUAAAACAGUGUCUCCCCUGGGAACCUACUCCCCCCCCAGCAUUUGCUGAGUCUGAUCACCGGGAGGUUGUUUUGUCUCUCUGGCUCGGUUUCUCUGAGCCGCUGAGACAGAUGGCUCUCUGCUUUGAGGCUCUGCAGACCUGUGGCACCCCAUGGUGUGUCUGCAGUGUUCCGGGCACAUGCAUGGGCACCCAUCGUUGAGAGUGCAGCUGGGAAGAACUCUGAACCAGAAGUCAUCAGAGCUGAGGUGUGGCCUUGAACAUGUCACUCAGUCUCUGGGGCUUCUGUUUCACAAAUGCAUGAGGGGGCCACCAGCCCAGUGGCUUUAAACCAGGGGCAGGUUGUCCCUCCAGGCAGCAAUGGAAAUGUGUGUGUGUUGAGGGGGUCACAGUGACUGUGGGGGCACCCCUGGCAUCUAGUGGGCAUCCCACAAUGUGCAGAACAGUCUCCGACAGCAAAGAAUUCGUCCAUUCAAUGCCAAUUGUAGUACCUUUGAGACAUUCUGGCUGAGCCAAUGCCUUCUCCCUGUCAGAGUCCCCCAGAGCAGAGAGGGUCAGGCUUCCCUGGACCUUGGCUCCCAGAGCAAGCCAAAAUAAAGACUACACUGUUGCCUUGGGGGCUUGUCAGGCCAGGGCCAAGGCGGUCUGCGUGCUGCAGGGCCAGGACAGAAAUAGCCACGCAUGCCUGUGAGAACAAAGAGCCUCUUUCUUUCUCAUGUUGACAUCGACUUUCUGUGCCAAGUCCUUUGGGUAUAAGGAUGCUAGGGAAUUCCUAUAGGCACCAAACAGAAGGAAAGCUAGGGGCUUGGACUACUGGGUAUAAGACUUGCUCUAGCUCUCAGGUCCCAGCCCAAGCUCAAUGCAAACACAGCCUCUCCGGGCUCUCUGUUUCUGUGAAGUUCUGGAAUCCCUUCCUCUGUGUCCGUGAGUCUGACAGAAUUGAUGAUGUUCCCUUACAGCCGGGAAAUCCAUGUGUUUACUCACAGAGGGAACUCGCCAUUACCUCUCUUGUCUUCUUUGCCUGCCUUGGAGAAAUCCAGAGUCUUCGGAAUGGCAAAGGCAGCACCUGGAUUUCCCUGGAGGGGAGGCACUGGCUGAGGGAAGUAGCUCCCUUCAUUCAUGAUGCACAGUUUACGCAGCAGACACACAACUGUGCCUACUAUUUGCUCAGUGCCCUGCAAGGUGCUGCCUAACUUUGAUUUGUUACUUCAGCUCUCUCCAGGAUAGUGCCAAAUGGUGCAAUGGGAAACCUGUUUUGCCGGGGGGCUCUAGAUCACCGGCUCCAGAACUCCCGGCUGCCAGGGUAGCCCCUACCCCCAGCCCCUUGCUCCUGGACGGCAGUGGGUCUCACCUUUAGCCUCUGCCCCCGGUUCUGGUCUGACCCAACAGAAGGGCUCUACGAUAUUAAGAAGGGGCCCUUCCUGCUCUGUGCCUCAACCUAUUCUCCAUAAUAGGAAGUCUAAUCCUAUUCCUUCCCUGCCUGAUGAGGAUGGUGUGAGGACAAGCAGGACGGCAUCUCAUUUGGGGUUUUUUGGCAGUGGGCCUCAGUUUAAUCCUGCAGGGCUGCCUGCCAGUAGAUCCAUCCAGCUGCUUCCUUGUAGCCAAGAAUGAGCUCAAUGAAUUGUGAUUCACUGAUUUUAUUAAUCCCAGGGAGACUGGUAUUUUUGAAGCUGCUAUCAUUUUCUAUUUCUUUAUUAAUUUCUUUGUAAUCAUCUUGUUAAAGUUUUCGUAUUUAGUGGGAGAGGGAGCUUUGUUUAAGUUUGGAAUUUGCUUAGGGCAGAAGUUAUAAGGCUUCGUAAGCUUUUGUAUGUAUUGCCAAUAUUUGAAACUUGGGAAAUACGUAUAAAAAAUACCUAGUUUUCUGGGUGGAGGUUGGGGCAUGCUGUCAUCUCAAGUCUGCUGCGGCUCACCCCCACCACCUUUACCCCCUCCCCCACCCUUCCCACCCCCCAUUGCACUUCACUCCUGUAAGACGCCUGCCUGGUGCUGGUCCAGGCGGGCAUGUGAGUUUGUAGCCGCUGCUCCAAAGGAUGGUUUACACAUUAUUUUUUCAUUACCUUCAGUAUUCCUGUGAAUGGUUCAAGAGAGAAAGUCUUCAUUUACUAAGAUUUGGGUUCUGCCUCCCAAGUGACAAUACAGGGCUGAGAUCCAUCUCAGCUUCUUUGAGAUGUGGCCACCGUAAGCAUCAUCAUUGUAGGGACAGUCUCAUUGCUGUCUUCUAGCCGACAGAAGAGUUAGGUGCCAGAAAGGACAAUCUUGAUGGUGGGUCCCCUCCCUGAAGGACUUUAAGAAGGCAUAAAGGGGUUGGGGUGGAGGGUGGCGUGUGAAGGAGGAGGCCCUUGAUCAGUUCAGUGGUCCCUGGGAGCCAUCGGCAAGAGGCCUCCAGCCGGGUGACAGUCUGGGUUCUCGGGUACUGAUCUUUGUAAUAUGGCAGUGGUUGUGGCGCUUCUGACUUGAAUUGAUAAUUCCCAUAUCUAAUAAAACCAAGAAGUACCUCGUUGAUAUCUUACUGAAAA